AUCUGCCCCAGCGGCGCAAAUUCUCCAAACCGGGACCUACCCUCAGAUGGGCUCCAGCUCUGGACCGUGCCGCCCGGGAGCAGACCAGCUCCUCUUCAAGGUCCGGGUGUGCCCUGGCACGGUGCGGCAAGGGGCUCUCUGGGGCACCCCCGGGUAGAGCCUCCUCCGGCCUGUCCCUCUGGAGCGGCGGGAAAACAGGUUACCCUGCCCAGGGUGCAACUUGCCCAGAAGCAAGAUUCUAUGGCAGGACGGGCUGCAGUACGUCCCCGAGAGGUCACCCGGUCCCCACUGUGUCCCCUCUGUGGCUGGACCUCGGGCUUCCCCUUCUUUGGCAGGCAAGUAACGCCGGGCCAGCCCCACCGCGUGUUCCGGGCUGCUCACCUGGGAGAAGUCCAGGUCCCCCGAAGGUGACAAUUUUCUGCCUGGUGCGCACGGGGGAGAACCCUGCGUGCUCCUGACUGCCAAACUCUUAGUGAGAUAAUGAUAGAGGAAAAGCGUCGAGGACGGUUUUGGGUGGGACAGGUGAUUCCUGGGCUGGCAGCAGAGGGAGAUCUGGUCCACCCCUCCCAGGGAAGAGAGGGUCUCUCCAUUCUACAGCAGGCUCUUCCAUGCCCACAGACCAUCCUGCUUUCAGCCUGGCUGCAUCCCAUCGUGCCCUCGGACUGUCAAAUUCCUGCCACGUCUUUUGCGUGACUGAAGUGUGCCCAGUAAUCUCCUUCCCUCCCAGCCCCACAAGGAUCUAUUACCACUUAUAGUCUCUCCUUCUCUCCUUUUCCAGCCUCAAAUCUUGCCUUCAUUCACCCCUCUGGAGAGCAGGGACUCAGAGGCAAGUCCUGCCCUGCAACACAGGCAGAGGAGACAGAGCUGGCUAUGAGACUUGAGAUGGGAAUUUCCUUUCUCUUACAGAAACUGGCACAGAAACUGCUGAUUUGAGAGCUUGGGAGACACUGGAAAGAUGGGAUUUGUCCUGUGAGGAGGCCUCUUUUUCUAUCAAUAGCAGAGGGAGCCUGAACAGCAUAGUUUAGGCUUUGCCUUCCCCUUUGCAGUGAAUCCCACCAGGAGAUAAGCCCUGCUGGACAUUCCCAACCCUCUGAGUCACCCAGGGCUGUGCCCAGCCACGCGCCAAGGGCCAUGGACACUGGCUGUGCUGCAGGUCUGCAGCCUCUGAACACCUGAAAGUGGACAGAAGGAUUCAGGGUCUGACACAUUUCACAGUGAAAACUGCAGUCCCAUACUUUUCUCCAGGAAAAUCUGGCAGCAGAAAUGGAGUUUAGAGAGAGAGGUCAAUGGGACAAAAGGCUGCUGGUGAUUUUUUCACUCUGUGUUAUUUGGCUUUGAAUACUAGUAAAAAUGACACUCAUAAAAGGCCUCUUUUGUGUACCUACAAUGGGAGUGGCUGCUGGGGUGCCAGUUCGAGUAUCAGUGAAUUUUAAGGGCAGACGAGGCCAGCUGCAGCUGUUGGGGUGCAGUGGAAUGGGGGCUUUGCCUGACAGGGAUUUGUGCUGAAACAUUAAAACCCCAGCACUGCUUGCUGUGGAAUGGGGCUGCCCCCGUCCCACUGUGUGUCACAGGGCACCUCAUGGCAUCUGGAUCCAUGCACUCCCAGUGAAGUCAGGCUUUCCAGGCAACAACUCCGAUCAUUGUAAUUCCAAACGAUUGCAAGGGGUGGGGGAGGAAACAUCUCUAUUUUCCUUCUAUUUUUAUGAGCAUAUGAUAGCACUUUGAUAUGAAAUUACUUGUUUUGCUGCAUCCCUUGGUAUUCUGGGCUGGGCUCCAAGCCACCCGGGGGCAGUGACAGACUGCCAGUGACCUCAAAGGCCGCUGGCCCAGGCCCUGCACCAGCCACUUUCCUCCUUGGUUUGUGUCCAUUUUGCAUGCAGCAAAAACAGAAGAAAAACCACCCUCACAUGUCCAACCAGAUGAAAAUCCCUCUGCAAGACCACAUUUGAAGACUUUGUAGAUUUAAACUCUAUGGCGACAUUCAGGCUCCUGUCCUUCUGCAGCUCCUGAAACUUCCACCCACUUGGGUUGUUUGUAGGAACAGCCACUGUCUCCAGGCGAUGAGGAUGGAUUAUAAUCUUUGUUCGUGUAUGUGGAGUGACUGACGCAGAUAUCUGUACAAUGGGUGCUUUAUAAAGUGGUAAAAUACUUUCAAACUAAGUGGGCAGCAUCACUUGCUUGGAGCAUGGCUUCCAAAGCACCAUCAAUCCUCCUCUUCAGAAUCCUGGGGCACGAAAACACGCGAGGGCACAGCAGAGUCUAAAAAUCCAAACCAAGGUGCAUCGCUGGGCUCUGAGCUCUUGAACCCAGCGCUGCUCCAGACAGCACCUUCCCCAUUAUCGACCUCGUGUUCUUCGGUGCCACCACUGCAGCGACCACGAGCAGCCCCGGCCUGGCGGUCGCGCCGUGGCCCGACGAGGAUGAGGGAGCGAUGAGGGGCAGCCCAGGCGGCCACACGCAAGGCUGCCCUCAGCGCAGGCGCCAUCACACGGCAAAACACGAGCCGUGGCUCCAGCGCCUGGGCAGAGCAGGGGCACUGCGGCUGGGGGAGGGCUGCGGGAAGGGGUCGGUCACAGCAGGCGGGUUUGCGCCGAGCCCCGCUCCCGGUGCCCCUCGCUGCCGCCAUCCCGGCGCGGCUCCCGCCGUGCCGCCAUCGGCUGCGCCGCUGCGAGCGGUGGCGGGCGGGACAAUGGGCGGGGCGAGGCCGCCGCGCACGUGAGGCCGCGGGCGCGAGGCGAGGCCGCGCAGGGCCCCGAUCCCGGUCACGGCCCCUCGCGUCUGCACCGCGGGCUCGGGGCUCAACCGCGGGGCGCCUCGGCAGCGGCCGCAGCCGCCCUCGGCAGGACGCCCAUGGCUUCUCCCCCAGCCGCCCCGCAGCUGCUGUACCGCAGCACCCGCCUGCUGCGCACGGCCUUCCAGCACCUCCACCAGCAGCAGCAGCGAGCCGACGUCUUCUGCGAUGUGGUCCUGUGGGCUGAAGGCGAGGCGGUGGUGGCCCACUGCAGUGUUCUCUCCGUCUGCAGCCCCUUCUUCAUGGAGCAGCUGGGCCGGGAGCUGCCCCCCCAGGGCUGCAGGGUGGUGCUGGAGCUGGCGGGGCUGAAGAUCGGGGUGCUGCGCAAGCUGGUGCACUUCUUCUACACCGCCGAGCUGGAGGUCACGCAGGAGGAGGUGCACGAGGUGCUGGCGGCUGCCCGCCGCCUCCGUGUCACCGAGCUCGAGUCGCUGCAGCUCUGGGGAGGACGCCUGGUGAGACUGGGACCCCGGCGGCAGCUCGACCGCUCCUGCCUGCAUCCCACUCAGGAAGUCUCCACCACGGUGGCACACGACACAGCCGAGCCUGGCAGUGCCAGCUCUAGGGUGUCCCCCCAGAGGCAGCCACGCUCUCUGGAGCGCACACAUCCCAGCCCCAUUGGGCGGAUGAAGCUGCGGAAGGUGCAGAGCUGGGGGUGCUGGGAGGUGGUUCGGGAGGUGCAGCCACCCCCUGUGCCUCCAGCAGUGCCAGUGGGUGAUGUGGGGGUGACAGAAACACAGCCCCCCCAGGAUGUGUCUGCACAGGAGCAGGUGAGUGAGUGCCCCCCACCCCAGCAGCCCCCCAGUGUGAACGGGAUGCAGCAGCAUGGGGACUCCCCUGUGUCCCAGCAGGAAGUACCCCCAGGGACCCCUGUAAGUGACACUGAGGAGGAGGUGGAUGUGGGGACAGGGGAGCUGUUCCUGCCCCCUGGCACAGUCUGUCUCUGGCCCUGUCCCUCAUCUGAGUCAGAAGAGGAGGUGGAUGUCCUCACCUAGGGAGGGCUGGCUCUGCCUCCCCCACCACCAUUGCCUGCACUCCUUAGGCUGUGUGUGCUUGGAAUAAAGGGCUGGAGCUAU